CUAAACCAUAUUUCAAGUAAACAAAACAACCCCAUCAAACAAAAAUUCUAUUUUUUUUUCUCAUGGAGAAUACUCAUGAUUUUUCAUCUAUAAGUUGUGAAAUACAAAUCAUAAGAGCAAGAAACAUAGAACAAAUAAGUUCAUUAGGAAAAAACAACUUGUUUGUUAGAUGUUAUCUUCCAACAGGAAACAACAACCAAAGAGUUAAGCUAAACACUCAAGAGAUCUCAUCAAAAUCAAACUUGUUUUGGGAUGAAUCUUUCUCAUUGGAUUGCAUGGGAACACAAGACUCCAUUAACAUGAUGAAGCAAGGAACAGUAGUCUUCGAGCUACGAUCGAGAAGAUAUGUUCCUCUUCUUAGGAAGAAUAUUGGUGGCUCACAACUCUUGGGGAAAGUUGAAAUUCCAUGGAAAAGAGUAUUUGAGUCAACAAGAAUGGAGAUGGAGGAGUGGGCAAUAUUCAUGACUACUUCAAAGAAUAUUAAUGAAGAUGUGAAACCUCCAGCAGUGAAGAUAGGAAUGAAGGUUAAAGUAAAUGAGACAACAAAAAUUAAUAAGUUGAGAAGAUCAUGGGAUGAGGCAUGUGCUUGCAAGGGUUAUUGUGAGUGCAAUAGUAGUAUUUUUAGUGUUGAUGAUUAUGAUAUAUGCGCACUUGGAGUUGCUUUAGAUUCCCUUUAA